CUCAAAUUUGCUAUGCGGAUCGGCAAAUGACGGAAAGUUUUCUCCCCUUUGAUUUACAGACUUGCCAUUGUUGUCAAACACUCGCAUUCGUUGUAUUUAUUUGCUUUCGAAGAACCAACAUGCGCAAUAAGUUUUUUUUCAAGUGCGUGGAGUUCGAAUGCGGGAGGCACAUGUCUUUCACAUAUUGUUUACUUGAUCAGGGCAAAUCAGGAUUUUGUACAGAGAUUUUGAAUUGAAAUAAAAAUGUUUUUAUAGGGACAUGGUACGGAAUUCGAAUUUGGCGUUGUUUGGCGAAGGAAAAUGGUUAUUGUGUUGUUAAUUUUGAUCAGUUGUUUUCAUUUGGCCUCGUCAUUAAGAAUCAACAGUUCUUGGUUAGAAUAUGAGUUGGUGUGCAAAAUGCUCUGUCAUGUCUAUAAAUAUAGUCUUGCUGUCUGAUUAUUUUUGUAGCAGGAUUGCAUAUGGCUGAAACUUCAAAGGCUUUUAAUCUUGCGUUCGCAUAAAGAACAUUGGCGGGCUUUCUCAUAUUGAGAUGACUCAUGUGAUGUUCGCAUAAAGAACAUUGGCGGGCUUUCUCAUAUUGAGAUCACUCAUGUGAUGGCGUAGCGAGGUACGAAUCGAAUAGUCAUCGGAUUACUUGAACCUGUUGAAUGAAAGUGUAUUUUGUGGUAGAUCAAAGUUCGACUCACGGGAGAAUCUUUAAAAGUUUUUUAUCAAGCGGAGAAUUCGAGACAAAGCGCGGUGCCAAAAAGUAGUGGUGGGUAAAAAAACCCAUAAAAUAACAAUCAGGACAAUAUGGUUAAUUUUGGGAAGAAGUUGAAGGAGCGACAGUUCCCAGAAUGGCAACGAUAUUACAUCAACUACAAAUUAAUGAAGAAAAAGGUGAGGCAAUAUGCACAACGAAUACAGGCAGGAGCAGAGGAUCGGCGUAGUAUUCUCAAAGAAUUCUCAAGAAUGCUAGAUUAUCAGAUUGAAAAGACUGUCCUCUUUGUGCUAGAGGAGCAAGGGCAUCUUGCUAGCAGAAUAGAAGCUCUAGGAGAAGAACGGGAAACGCUAAUGCAUCUAACUGACAUUUCUGCAUUGCAUGCACUGCGGGAAGCAUACAGGCUUGUGGGUCAGGAUCUUUUGAAGCUUCUACACUUUGUCGAGAUAAAUGCCACUGGAUUGCGUAAAAUUUUAAAAAAAUUUGACAAACGUUCUGGUUACAAGAUUACAGACUACUAUGUAACAACCCGUUCAAAUCAUCCUUACUCACAACUUCAGCAAGUCUUCAAGCAUGUGGGCAUAGGAGCUGUUGUUGGGGCAUUGUCUCGCAAUCUUGCUGAGCUUCAAAAUCACAAGGGUAGCUACUUGUCGAUUUAUGAUCAACCUGUAUCAGCACUAGCGCUUCAGGAUCCUGUUAUUGAUGAGAUAAAAAAUGCAGUCGAAAGGCUUACACACUCAACAAACUUUCUGCGGUUUCUUGGGCAGCAUGCCCUUAUUAUUCAAGAAGAUUUACCAAGGCCUUCAGAAGAGUAUAUUGAGGAUCAGAGAUAUCAUUUUGUUUCUCUUCUAUUGAACUUAGUGAACACUUUCCUUUAUAUGGUAAAUACAUAUAUAAUUGUCCCAACAGCAGAUGACUAUUCCAUUAGUCUAGGAGCUGCAGCAACACUUUGUGGAGUUGUUAUUGGAUCAAUGGCCUUUGCACAGUUAAUUUCUUCAAUUUACUUCAGUGCAUGGUCAAACAGGUCAUAUUUCAGGCCGCUUAUUUUCAGCAGCAUCAUUCUACUCCUGGGAAAUUUGUUGUAUGCAAUUGCAUAUGAUGCAAAUUCACUAUAUGUUCUAAUAAUUGGCCGUAUCCUUUGUGGUCUAGGUUCUGCAAGAGCUGUCAAUCGGCGGUACAUUAGUGAUUGUGUACCACUUAAAAUACGGUUACAGGCUUCUGCAGCAUUUGUAAGUGCCAGUGCACUAGGAAUGGCAGCAGGACCUGCUCUUGCUGGACUCCUCCAAAUGAAUAAAACCUUAUUAGGAGUCACUCUUAAUCAAAAUACACUACCUGGCUGGGUCAUGGUGAUUGCCUGGUUUUUCUAUCUUUUGUGGCUCUGGGUAUCAUUUAAAGAACCAGCACGUGAGGAUGAAUGCCAAGCUGAUGAGGCUAGUAACAAAGGAUCAACACAAGAGUCUACAAUUGAAGAUGGCUUGACCCAGCCUCUUUUGUUAACUUCACAGCCUAUAGAGCAAGAACUGGAUGAGGAAGGUGACCAGGAAAUUGAUGGUAGUGAAGAAUCUGCAGAUGACUCACGAAAACCUGCAAGUUCAUUUAUUGAGGCAUACAAAUUACUAACUAAACCUGUAAAGGUGCAGCUUUUGAUUUAUUUUAUGCUAAAAUAUGCAAUGGAGAUACUGCUUUCUGAAUCAAGUGUUGUUACUGCAUAUUACUUUAAUUGGGGUACUAGCUCUGUUGCAAUUUUUCUUGCCCUGCUUGGAUUAACAGUUCUACCAGUGAAUGUUGUUGUUGGCAACUAUAUCAGCAACAUGUUUGAGGACAGGCAAAUUUUAUUUGUAGCUGAGAUAUUUACAUGCUUGGGUGUAUUUAUAAGCUUUAAUGUGAUUUUCCCCUACUCAGUUGCACAGUAUGUUUGUGGAGCAUUUAUCACCUUUGUAUCUGCAGAAGUUCUUGAAGGUGUAAACCUCUCAUUGUUAUCUAAGGUCAUGUCUUCAAGGCUUGCGCGGGGAACAUAUAAUGGUGGAUUGCUAUCGACAGAAGCUGGAACAUUGGCUCGCGUGGUGGCAGAUGUCACGAUUACAUUGGCAGGAUAUCUAGGGCGGGGUCUACUUCUCAACGUAACACUACUUCCUACACUGAUCGUUGGAGUUCUUUCGCUUUAUGCAACUGUCUCCACUUACAAUUCACUAUUUUAGCUUUUUUGUUCAAAUCUUUUAUGUCUCUCCAGUUCGAAUGGCUGUAGAGCUUGUACGAUAAGAAUUUCUCAUCUCUAUCCAAUUGUGUAAUAUGCAUUGCAUACUAAUCAAUUAAAAUAAAAGAAAGGUUCCCUGGAAUUCUGUGAAGAAUAAGGUAUUUUUUUUUAUAUUGAAUCAAAGCAGAUUAUAAAGAAUGGAUGUUUGGUAGUUAUAGGAAAUUAAACAUUGUCUGAUCAUGAGUACAAAGCGGGAGAGAAAAAUUCAUUUUAUAUAUUGAGCAACUUUACAUUGACAAACAUUGUUAUCAGAUUGUAAAUGUUCUUUAAUUUGUUGAAGCUGAUCCAUAAUUUUCCUUUUC